UGUGGUAAGUUAACGGUUAUCUGGACACUGUGCGUUUGUAUACGCCUACAGAGAAGAAGUUUAUGCGUGUUACGUUCCCUCGUGCUGAUCGUAAUCUCUCGUUUCACGAUAAUCAAAUGUUUGUUUGAAUUUAAAUCAGAAAGGAGGAAGGAUUCCUUGUUCGAGAACGAGAGCGAUAAACGUUUUGUAGGGAACAGCUAAACGCUCCGGAUCGAGACUAAAGUACCGUGCUGGGUGUGUCAUAAUGCAUAGGCGUGUUAUUCUAGCCUUGAUAUGCGUGUUUCUACAAACAGUUGCGGCUCAACGUAGUCCGACAAUAUCUUACAUAUCGCAGGAACAAAUUAAGGAUAUUGGAGAAACUGUAGAACUAGUGUGCUCCGUUCAGUAUGCGCAGGAUUAUCCUGUUUUAUGGAUAAAGGUUAAUAAAGACUCAGCAAACGAGCAAGUCGCACUUUCUACUGGCACCGCAUUGAUAAUCAGAGACAGUAGAUUUGCUCUUAAACAUGACACAGCGUCUAGCUCUUAUACUUUACAAAUUAAAGAUAUACAAGAAACAGAUGCCGGACGUUAUCAAUGUAGAAUACAAAUAUCUGUAAGCAAUCUUGUAAGUGCAGAAGUAGAAUUAUCAGUUCGUAGGCAACCGAUAAUUAGCGACAACUCGACUCAAUCUCUGGUGGUUAGUGAAGGACAACCUGUCGUAUUGGAAUGUUAUGCCAAUGGCUUUCCACCACCAAGGAUAUCGUGGCGCAGAGAAAACAAUGCUAUUUUACCCACCGGAGGCUCGAUCUAUCGUGGUAACACGUUAAAAAUAUCUGCCAUACGGAAAGAGGAUCGCGGAACGUAUUACUGCAUCGCUGAAAAUGGUGUUGGACGCGGUGCUAGACGUAAUAUGAACGUUGAGGUUGAAUUCGCGCCAGUAAUCACAGCUCCUAGGCCACGACUCGGACAAGCUUUGCAAUACGAUAUGGAUUUGGAAUGUCACGUAGAAGCAUAUCCUCCACCAGCUAUCAUCUGGCUCAAAGAUAACGUACAGUUGUCAAAUAAUCAGCAUUACAGCAUAUCACAUUUUGCGACCGCGGAUGAAUAUACUGACACAACGAUUCGAGUUAUUACCAUAGAAAAACGGCAAUAUGGAGAAUACAUAUGUCGUGCAGCCAACAAAUUAGGCACUGUUGAAACGAAAGUCGAGCUUUUCGAAAGCAUUAUCCCUGUUUGCCCGCCAGCUUGUGGUCAAGCUCAUCAGGGAACUGGCGUAAUUCCAGUUUUUUCCGGACCUUUGGUAAUUUUAGUUUUGUUAAUUACAAUGUUAACGAGAAAUUUCUACGCCAAAUAUUAACUAUCCGGGCCUUCGAUGGGCAGGGGCAAGUCAAUGUUGCUUCAUAAAAUGGUUCUAUGCAACCAUCAGUUCUAUUGUUAUUGCAAUAAUGAUGUAAAACCAAAAUCUGAGCUGUAAAGGAUCUCAGUUAUGGUUUUACUAAACUUACUUUCUAUAUUUGUAUCAUGUAAUUAUUUUUAUAAUUAUUUAUAAGUGAAAUAAUUUAUCAUUGAAA